CCUGUACGAAAAAGAAAAGAAAAUCACAGGAUACUGCGGCCCUUUGCUUUGUUCGUCAACGUUUUGGACUCAAAAAAGGGCUUUCCCCAAUAAUUAUGGCACCAAGCGUGUAUUCAAAAUUUUAAAUGUUUACCGAUUUAAGAGACAAAAAACAAAUACAAAAAACAACACAAAUUUCAAGUAAAAUUGCGAACCAUAGCGAGAAUUUUUUUGUUUUCCGUUAACAUUUAGAAAAGCAUGGUGCGACGUCGUGGAAUGGUGGGUGGCCUGGCCAAACAGCUGUCCUACAGCGCCUAUCAGCAUAUGAUGGCGCCGCCGCCGUCGAGUCAGCAUCUUAACAUUGGCUGGCUGGGCAGCCCGGCCGUGCACUGGCCGCCGCAGGCGCCCAGGGCGCCCUCGCUGAUGUCCGCCAUGUGCAACAAAAUGGUGGGCGCACUGCCGCGCAUGCCUAGCCUGCCACAGCCGGAGCUGAGCAGCCGCAAGCUGAGUCGCCUGCGACGCAGCCUAAUGCAGGCACCGCAUACGCAAGUGCGGCCCGUUUAUCCACAGCCGCCGUUGAUGCAGAGGGCCAAUAUUCUGCCCAUGUGGUGUCGCUCCGACGAGCAGAUGUGGCAGGAUCCGAUCAAGCAACGCCACAGGCAGCCCACGAGCGAUAUUUCCAUACAGCUCAAGCAGCAGUUGCAGCAGCUGAAGCGACAGCAGCAACUGCAACUGCAACGGCAGCAGCAGUAUCAGCAGCAGCAGUAUCAGCAGCUGCAGUAUCAGCAGCAUAAGCAGCAGCAGCAUAAGCAGCAGCAGCAUCAGCAGCCGAGCAGCGGAUUCAUGCCGUUCAACUUUGGCAAAUGUGCGAGCAGUCUGAUCAAGUUCCUGGACAGAGGCGGCUCCGCUUCGGAAUCCUCUCUAUAUGCGGCCACACAUUCCAAUGCUGUGCCGGAAGCCGAGCCUGUGCCCACGAUAAGCAUUGUGAAGCGACCGUAUUCAGUGGAGCGACAUGUUCAUGCGGCUGACUUUGACUAUGUGAAGCUGGCCAAGCAAAUGGUCACACCCAAGGACAAACAGUUGACCGGAUGUGCCGUCGGGCGCACCCAGGUGCUGCCCAUUCAUGCCGAGCCCCACAGGCUGGCCAAUCGUGGAUCUAGCAAAGCGCUGGUGAGCUUCACAGCUGAUAAUAGCGCCAGCAGCACAUCGUUAACUAACCAUUCCGAGGCACAAGCAGGUCGCCAAGAAGAGCUCAAGGCAAAAAGUCAAAGUCUCCAAGGUGAAACCCCAGCGGAGAUGCAGCUGAAUAUUCUGGCCGCCGACAUAGACGCCAAUUUGCUGCAGAUUCAAAAACUUUUGAGAGCAAAGUUGCCACGCAAACGAAGCGGCAGCUCCAGAACACCGAAAGGUCUGGUAACGCUGCAGCGGCCAGCUUUGAAAUUUCCACCACCAGCCGCCGGAAAUGUAAUGCAGCAAGGAAACGGCGCAAGGUUUGCCAGUCUGGAGAAAGGGUUGCCACAGCGAGUCCAACAGCAGCAGGGCAACUCGAAAAUGUCUGCAAGUCUGGCAGCACUGCAGCAGCCAGAGUUGAAUUCCAAGCUACCACAGCAAAUGGAAGCGGGCUGUGAUGAAGUGCAGCAUGGAAACUCCACAAGUGUCGCCAGUCUGGCAGAAAUGGAGCAGUCAGAGCUAAGCGACAAUGUGGAGUUGCCUCAGCAAAUGGAGGCGAGCGGCAAUGUAACUCCCAAUCUGGACAACGCCGGCGCCAAGCAGGAGUGCAAAUUUACUGCCGCGCAACUGGAGCUGUUGCAACAGAUUUUGCAGGAGACCGACCAACUGCAACAGGAGUUGGAACCGGAAGCGGCAAUGAAAGCCAAGACAUCAAAAAGUGGCGCCCAUAAACGGCAAAUAAAUCUGAACGAACUGUUCAAGGACAACAAUAUGCACUGCGUCGAGUCGGAUAAUCCUUUGUGGAACUCGCUGAUGCAGCUGGUGGCGCACAUGUGCGACGACAAAAACCGAAACGAAGAACCGGAACGCUUGAGGGCUGGCGGCAGUUUGAAACCAUCGCAAAAGGAAUAUUCCAUCUAUCUGAUGGUUACCUCUGACGAGGAGGACGAUGUUAGGGUGGACCACAAAUCCAAAACGCCCCUCGCGAGCAGGAAGCGAAGGCAGACUAGGCUUAGAAGAAAGUCCGCCAUUAAGGCGCUGGAUAUACCCGCUCCCUAUGCCACACUGCAUCAACGGAAGCAGCAGGAUCAACGUCUCCCUUUGCGUAAAAAAAGACGCAUCUCAUUAAGACAUCGGAACACUGAGGUCUGUUCCUGUUUAUCGCUGCCCGCGCGACGUCCGCUGCACUGGCCCAAUCCACGGCACAUGAAGUGCCUGGCUCAGGGCAAGAAAAAGAGGAAGAAGCUGCCCCGACGGUUAAUCUACAGGCGACAGGCCAACGACACAUUGGACAGCAGCUAUCCAAAUCAAUCAUUCAAUCUCAAAAAAUUCCACAAUCGCAUGUCUAAUCCGUUCCUGCCUCAGCCGCGUGUUUUAAGCAACUACACAGGGUUUUGGUGACCCGCAGCCCAAGUUCUAAAUGCAUUGAUCGUUCAUAAUUGCAAAGCUUAGUUAAAGAGAUAGCUUUAUGCUUUAACUGUGCUCUGCACAUAUUUGCGAUCCAUGCAUUAUAGAUAUACACAAGGCGUAUGGAUAUUUAUUGUUAGUUGCUGAAAAAAAAAACUGUAGCAAAUAAAGUUUGAGUUGAGCCAA